GAGUCAGAAUCUUGAUUCCUGGAUGUUCAAUUCCAAUUAGUUGACACUAAUAAGUUUGGACAGGCGAGUUAUUAAAACAGGAUCGUGCGACAGUCAUUGUGUCUGAAGAAGAGAAGAAAAAAGAAGACAGAGAAUCUUGUCCAAUGAAGAAGUGCUCUAGAUUUGGGUGGGGUCGCCAACUAAGAGGAGACCUUCCUGAAGGACAAUCGAGAUCCGAUCGGUUUAAAUAGCGUUGCAAACCGAAUCAGAGCAAGCAGUCUUCAGUUAAGAAGAGGCAUCUACCCAUCUAUCCGAAAUGGCUUUCAUCCAGACCAGCGUCGUAGUGCUCGCCCUAGCAGUGUUGGGUCACGCUCAGUACCUAUCCGCACCGCUGGCCGAGCCAAGCCGCGACUACGCCUUCGGCUACCAGGUGGCAGACCCUAUCACCGGAGACGUCAAGAGCCAAUCAGAGGUGAAGCAGGCCGGAGUUGUCCAGGGCGAAUACAGCUUCAUCCAGCCGGACGGCUCUCUGCGUCAGGUCACCUACGCUGCUGCCCCAGGAACAGGAUUCAACGCUGUUGUCAAGACCAUCCCCGGCGCUGCCCCACCCAACGAGCCUAUCGUGAAGGCUGCCGUCGCUCCAGCUGCCUACCCGGCCAUCGCUCGCGCUGCAUACCCAGCAGCUGCAUACCCGGCAGCCGCUUACCCCUACACUUCAGCUGCAUACCCCUACCAUCAUGGUACCUACCCCUAUGCCUACUCGGCCUACCCCUACGCCGCCUACCCAGGCUACAACAGGUUCUACUAGACCGCAACAUCAACCCACGCGCAACCUCGAACACCCUCGCUAAAAGUUCCAAGAAAAUUGUAACCUGAAGAUAAUCACAUCCUUGGAGUGUGUUGUGAUAAGAAUGUUUCGACACUGAGAGCUGCAUCAGGAAAAACAUACUCUGUCCAUUCCAAUCAGCAAAGCUUGGUAAAAGCAUUCAGUGUAAACCUAUCUGUAUGCAGCUUGUCAGAUCUUAAAAAGUAGUCGAAACAUUACAUUACCACUACAACACACCAUCAUUAACAACUUGAAAUACCAUCAUUGUAAGCUACUCAAGUACAUCAAUAUGAAGAUUUCAAUAAGUGGUACUUGAUACAUCAUUCUCAUCCGUUUUGAUGAUUUUCUAUUGUUAGUUUUUCAGCUGUAUAUUUUUAAAAUGGAUAAACGAUGUGGUUAAUUUUGUAUUAUAAACUGAGUUACUUGACUCCAUUUCUCCCUGUUGACUGUGAUGAAAGCCGUUGAAUAAAAUAAUAUCAUUGGAA